CGACACGUGAAGGCGGCAAAACUUCAGCCCAGUCAGUGACCUCGCAGGAGCCUUCUGCUAAACCAGCCCGAAAGAAAUACCUGUCACCGUGAUCUGCUGCUUUUACUUGCGGUCAAUCAUAACUAUUCAGAGCCGGUCUGGCGCUGCCGUUCGCCGCGGCCAUGCACUGCCUGAGAGCGCUGCGUCUGCCCAGCUCCGCAAAACUCAUCGUCCAAAACACAGACGCGGCGAAGAAGGUUUUCAUCAUCCAGGCUGCGUGUAGUCUGAGCUCUAAAUCACCAGCCGCGUCCCAGCUGCCGCGACCGCCCAACUUCGAUCACCCCCACCUCAAAAAGAAUGUAGAUUCAAAGCCUCCCAGCUCUGGAGUGGAAGACAUGCUUUUCUACACCAUCACAGAGGGAAAAGAGCAGGUCCCCAUCUCAUACUUUACCUCAGCCCUGAAGAGAACCGGCCUUCAACCGUCUGACCCUCGUCUGAAGGACUGCAUGGAGAAGCUUCGACGGGCCCUGAAGGAUUCCGCCGGUGAGGUGAUGAUGGACAGGGACCUUUUCCACAGAUGUGUUGGUGGAAACGUCGUCUUGUUGAUCCAGGCCUUCAGAAAGAAAUUUAUCAUCCCUGAGUUUGAUGUGUUUGCACAAAAAAUCAAUGAAAUCUACAACAGAGUGCAAAACCAAAGUGAUGGGAAGGUCGCAGACUACAUCCCCCAGUUGGCCAAGUUUAGCCCAGAACUGUGGGGCAUGUCGUUGUGUACAGUGGAUGGCCAGAGGCACUCAGUGGGUGACACCAAGCAGCCGUUCUGCCUGCAGUCCUGUGUGAAGCCCCUGCAGUACGCCAUCGCCGUCCAUGAGGCGGGAACGGAGGAGGUCCACCAUUAUGUUGGCAUGGAGCCCAGCGGACUCAAGUUCAACAUGCUCUCACUGGAUGAUGAAGAUAAACCCCACAACCCAAUGGUGAACGCUGGAGCCAUAGUGAUCAGCUCUCUUAUCAAGCCUCGUUCAAAUAAGGCAGAGAAGUUUGACUAUGUUAUGGAGUUUGUGAAAAGGAUGGCUGGCCAAGAAUAUGUUGGAUUCAGCAAUGCCACGUUCCAGUCAGAAAAAGAAACAGGUGACAGAAACUUCGCCAUUGGAUAUUACAUGAAAGAGAAGAAGUGUUUUCCACCUUGGGCGGAUAUGAUCGAUGCCUUAGACUUCUACUUCCAGCUGUGCUCAAUCGAGGUGACCUGUGAAUCAGGGAGUAUCAUGGCUGCCACUCUGGCCAACGGGGGAAUUUGUCCGAUCACAGGCGAGCGUGUCCUGAGUGCCGAGGCAGUGCGGAACACUUUGAGUCUCAUGCACUCAUGCGGCAUGUACGACUUUUCGGGCCAGAUGGCUUUUCAUGUGGGCUUGCCUGCCAAAUCCGGCGUGUCUGGUGCAAUACUGCUGGUGAUCCCCAACGUGAUGGGAGUAAUGUGUUGGUCUCCUCCGCUGGACAGAGUUGGAAACAGCGUCCGGGGAAUACACUUCUGUCAGGAGCUCGUGUCACUCUUCAAUUUCCACAAUUACGACAACUUGAGGCACUUUGUGAAGAAGCAGGACCCUCGCAGGCAGGACGGGGAUGACAGGAACAAGUCUGUUUUCAACUUGAUGUUCGCUGCCUACAGUGGAGAUGUGUCGGCCCUGAGAAGGUUUUCGCUCUCAUCCACAGACAUGGAUCUGAAAGACUAUGAUUCUCGAACAGCACUGCAUAUCGCUGCAGCAGAGGGUCACAUAGAUGUUGUGAACUUUCUGACGGAAACUUGCAAAGUUGAUCCAUUUGUAGAAGACAGGUGGGGGAACCUGCCAGUCGAUGACGCCGUGCAGUUCGGACAUGACGAGGUGGUGAGGGUGCUGAAAGACUACCAGCAGGUCUGCAGGCAGCAGGGAACGCAGCGCACUGAAGCUGCGCGUUCCCCGAAGCUCGACACCAUCGAGGGCAUGGUGUGACGUCUGCAUAGGGUCCCCAGGCUGUGAGAUGUCAGGGCAUUUGUGUAAUCUGUGAAGUUUGAAAAAAAGAAAAAUCCAUUUGUAACACAGAGAAAGAGUGCCGAAAUGAACCAAACUGAUCGACCUAUCCGGAUCUACCCUAUCCUUUGGUUAGGUCACUUGACUAUAUCAAUUAACUAUGCAGACUGGUAGUUGCAGCCGCAAAUUUUGGUGAGAAGAAAAUUGUAGAACCGUGCAAUUAGAAUAUAUAGCAGGGCCAAAAAAAUACAAUAACACAACAGAAAUAGUGCAAUUAUUAAAACAACAGAGCAAUAACAAUUAAUAUAACAAUUGUGAGUUUUGAGCUGCCUUACAUAUAAUGGGAACAGUUUCAGCUUAAUUUCAUCUACUCGCACAUAAUGUUCAUGCUGUGGUAACGUUUAUGUACAAUUGUAUGGAGCAGAGCUUCAGGAUUGUUUAAGAGGGAUUUGAUGAACUCAAAUAUGGAUAUUUAUACCUACAGUGCUUCUUAUAACUCACAACAGUGCUUUACAUUUUUACUGUUAUGUACUUUUAUUUUCUUAUUGUGCCAUGUUGAAAACCAUCCCCUUUAAAUACCUAAAACUCUCUGGUAUGUGUGGAUGCGAAAACUCAAGUUUGAUCACAAUUCUACAUGAUCCCAAUAAACCUUAUGUGGGAUUUGUUGUAUAUAUUUUGUUCUUCAGCUGUAAAUAUGUGUACUGGGUUCCUGAAACAGAAAUACAGUGUUAUAGAGAGUGUUAUAAUAUUUAUGUAAUUUUAACUCUGCAUACACAUUAAAUUCCCAAACGUAAUUUAUUAUGUGGAAUAUUUUGACAUUGAGGACAUCCAUUAAGCCUAUAUUAUUUAUACGCCACCCAUAGUUUCAUUUUCUUUUGGGUUUAUGAGGUUAGUCAAAGCAUCAUGCAGUCAGCAAUUUGUUAUUAAAUAUUAAGCAGCAUCCACUGCUGAAAGCUGGAAUAAAGAUAAUAAAGCAGCAGGAGGUGGCUGGUUUUAAAUACUAUUAUUGCAAGACCGUGUUAAUAAUUAUUAUAGUUUAAAAUGAUGAGAAACCAUUAAAAAAGGUAAUGAGUUCAA